AUGAGUGCUCAACAAAAUGAAAAGGAAAAACAUGACGCGCUUUCGUCCAAGCGAACGGUUUCCCUUCCACUGCACAUGGUGGAUGAUCCAAUGGGGGUAACAGAUGAAACCUCGCGUGUAAAUAAUCACUGGAAGCGAGAGAAAUCUCAGCUGGAAAUACCGACCAGCACAUUGGAAGAGUGUUGUCAGGAUUUUGUUGGAAUAAGGAUGCCGCUGACGCCGAGUCCAACUCCUAGUCAUAAGAGAGUGAAUUUUCUUGUGACUUCUCGCUCUGUUGAUGCUCCAAGACCUUCUUCUUCUUCAGCUUCGAGAGGCAAAUCAUCCAUGAGAAACAUCUUACCACGAUUCGGCUUCAAGAAUCGUCAAUCGCUUGACAUUGAAAAGUCUGUUACUGCAGUUCCAGAAGCUUCUUUUUCUGGCCAUCAAGACAAGUCCUCAAUCUCCAGAUCAGUGUCUCUCACCAAGAUGUUCACUCCUAAGAUUAAUAGAACGUCUUCGUUACCGGUAGAAGAAAUUGGGCGUGCAAACGUAGAAUCUGCUCUGGGUGGAACUCUUGGUGCUUCUCCAUGCGGAGGAGAGCCCCAGGGGAUGAUAGCUCGUUCUCGUUCAGUGCCUGUCAAUAGCAAAGAAAAAGGCAUCAGGAGAAUGGAUUCAGUUUUCCGCAUCAUUCCUUCCACUCCUCGAGUAAAUAAAGUGAAUGAAUCAACAAAGGAUACUGAAAAUGGUGAUGGUGAAGAUAUUGCUGAAGAGGAAGCAGUGUGUAGAAUUUGUCUGGUUGAUCUAUGUGAAGGAGGUGAGACAUUGAAGAUGGAAUGCAGCUGCAAAGGUGAACUUGCUCUGGCUCACCAGGAAUGUGCUGUUAAAUGGUUUAGUAUCAAGGGUAACAAGAUCUGUGAUGUGUGCAAGGAAGAGGUGCGGAACCUCCCCGUCACUCUCUUACGAAUCCGAAGUGUUCGAACUCAGAAUACUGGAGCAAGGUCCGAGCAGGGAGAUGAAUACAGGCAUGCUCGUUCCUUGAUUUGGCAGGAGCUCCCAGUGCUUGUUAUUGUCAGCAUGCUUGCCUAUUUCUGUUUCCUGGAGCAGCUGUUGGUUGGAAAAAUGGGAACCAAGGCAAUUUUCAUCUCUCUUCCAUUUUCAUGUGUACUGGGUCUACUAUCCUCCGUGACAUCAACGACCAUGGUGAAGAGUAGGUUCAUCUGGAUAUAUGCAUCUGUCCAAUUUAUUUCGGUGGUCCUAUUCGCCCAUAUCUUUUACCCCUUGGUUGGUAAGCAUGCGGUUUUGUCCAUCCUUCUUGCAACAUUUGCUGGGUUUGGUGUUGUGAUGAGUGGAAGUUCAAUUCUUUUGGAGAUUUCUAGGUGGAGAAGAAGAUGGCAAGCUUUGUCAGAGCAGCAGCGUAGUUCUUCAUAG